AUGAUUGGUAUCUCCGCGUCUGUAUUGGCCGUCGCGUGGAUUACAGCCCAACGACAGCUCAUUCACGACAACACGUGUUCCCGAACUCAAUGGCAAAGCAGUUAUGACUUCAUUGUUGUCGGCGCCGGAACUGCCGCCAUUGGCGUCGAGUUUAUAAUGAAUGACAUCUCGUAUACGGUUUACGCCAACAGAGAAGUCAUUGUUUCCGCCGAUGCGACGGCAUUUGCAUUUUUUCUGCUCGAGCACUCGGCUAUUACCAAUUAUGUAGUGAUACCCGACUUAUUCACACCCAUAGGCUGUCCGGUGUGUCCGGGAAAGUAUGCCUACGAAUGUGUGGAGGGUUUGCGGUGUUUUAUACGGUAUAAUACGGGAAGUGGUUUACAUCCGGCGGGCAGUUGUCGUAUGGGAGCGAUAGAGAGGCCGGACGUUGUGGUCGACCCCCAGUUGAGGGUUAAGGGGUACAAACUAUUGGCCGUCGCGUGGAUUACAGCCCAACGACAGCUCAUUCACGACAACACGUGUUCCCGAACUCAAUGGCAAAGCAGUUAUGACUUCAUUGUUGUCGGCGCCGGAACUGCCGGUGCGGUUGUGGCCAACAAACUCAGUGCCGGUCACACCGNCGUCGCGUGGAUUACAGCCAAACGACAGCUCAUUCACGACAACACUUGUGCCCGAACUCAAUGGCAAAGCAGUUAUGACUUCAUUGUUGUCGGCGCCGGAACUGCCGGUGCGGUUGUGGCCAACAAACUCAGUGCCGGUCACACCGUAAGGGUGUUGUUGUUGGAGGCGGGAGGGCCUCAAAGUGCUGUCUAUAAUGAUAUACCGGGAAUGGUUUUUGAAGGAAACGCACUCAAUGUUAAUGAAUGGAUUUAUUAUAAUAAACCUAAAAAUAACUUUGGCAUAAGUUAUGCUGGGGGUUGGGUGCCUGAGAAUAAAGGUAAAACAUUGGGCGGUUGUUCAGCACAUAAUGACAUGAUAUUCAAUCGGGGUAAUCGUCGGGGUUAUGACGAGUGGGCCAAUACGUACGGCGCCGUCGGUUGGAGUUAUAGGGAUGUGUUGCCGGUGUUCAGGGAGUGGGAGAACAAUACGGAUGCAGUAAUUAUCGCCAAUAAUCCCGAAUAUCACGGAACUCGUGGACCCAUUCAGAUAUCGUCGGCAAAAGAUUACAGUCCUUUGACUUACGAUAUGAAGAAUGCUUUAAAUGAAUUAGGAUUUAAAGACACUGAUAUCAAUGGACCGAAUCAGUUGGGAGUUAUGAUACCUCAAUCCUUUAUUACUGCUCAGGGCUUUAGGGCGGAUACGGGUACUGUGUUUGUAGACCCGAACCCAUAUCCAGAUAACCUGCAUAUAGUGUGCAAAGCAUUGGUCACUAAAAUACUGUUCAAUGGGUUGACAGCCAUUGGCGUCGAGUUUAUAGUGAAUGACAUCUCGUAUACGGUUUACGCCAACAGAGAAGUCAUUGUUUCCGGCGAUCCUAACUGGUUAUCUGACCAUGGUGAUAGUCAGGCCCUAUUAGAUGCGACGGCAUUUGCAUUCUUCAUGCUCGAGCACUCGGCUAUUGCCAACUAUGUAGUAAUACCCAACUUAUUCACACCCAUAGGCUGUCCGGUGUGUCCGGGAAAGUAUGCCUACGAGUGUGUGGAGGGUUUGCAAUGUUUUAUACGGUAUAAUACGGGAAGUGGUUUACAUCCGGGCGGCAGUUGUCGUAUGGGAGCGAUAGAGAGGCCGGACGUUGUGGUCGACCCCCAGUUGAGGGUUAAGGGUAUUGAGAAUCUUAGGGUUUGCGACUCAUCAGUAUUUCCAGUGCUUCCCAACUCUAACACCGCUUCGGCCUCAAUAUUAGUGGGCUAUCGAUGCGCACAAUUUAUUAAGAACACGUACAUGCUUAAUUAA